GAGAGAGAGAGAAAGAGAAAGACUCUCAAACACACUGUGGAACUGUGCGCAGGAAAGCCAGUUUAGCCCUGAGAAUCCUGCUGAACUUUGCCAUGAAUGGGGUUCGCUUUCAGGCACUACUGCAGAGCUGCUGGUUGCUUGUUUUUGUAUCCCCCUGGCUGGUGGGAUCCCACCCCCAGUGCUUGGACUAUAAGCCCCCUUUUAAACCACCAGAGCCCCUCACUUUCUGCACGGAGUACUCCCAGUUUGGAUGCUGUGAUUCCGAGCAAGAGCAGCUGAUCAUGAGGAGAUAUUAUCGGGUUAUGGAUUUCUUUGACUACUCUGGGUACGUGGCUUGUGGGAAAUACAUACAGUCUAUUCUCUGCCAGGAAUGCUGUCCAUACGCUGCCCAUUUAUAUGACGCCGAGGACGCUAACACCCCUAUGCGAGAACUGCCCGGACUGUGCGGGGAAUACUGCACUGAUUUCUGGCAUCGUUGCCGCUCAACCUUGAGCCUUCUCAUGGAGGACGACGAGAUGAUAGAGAUUGAGGGAGACCGGGAUAAAUUCUGCGCCUUCAUGGAGCUCAAAGACCCGGAGUACUGCUACCCCAACGUGCUCACAAACGCCGAACUGAACGCCGACCUGGGGGCGGUGCGCACAGACCCCGAAGGCUGCCUGCAGCUCUGCCUUCAGGAGGUAGCGAACCUCUUGCGCAACCCGGUCGCCAUGGUCCACGCCAACGACGGCACGCAUCGGUUCUUCAUCGCGGAACAGUUGGGCUACGUCUGGGCGUACCUGCCCAACGGGUCGCGGAUUGACAAGCCGUUCCUGAACCUGACCAAGGCUGUGCUGACCUCGCCGUGGGCCGGGGAUGAGCGAGGGUUCCUCUGCGUCGCCUUCCAUCCGCGCUUCAAGUCCACCGGCAAGGCGUACGUUUAUUACUCGGUCUCCGUGAAGAGAGAGGAGCGGAUUCGCAUUAGCGAGUUCGCGCUGUCUGUGAACGAUAUGAACGCACUGGACCCAGCUUCUGAACGAAUUCUCCUGGAGGUGGUGGAGCCAGCAUCCAAUCACAAUGGAGGGCAGCUUCUUUUCGGCUUUGAUGGCUAUCUCUACAUCUUCGUAGGGGACGGGGGCAAAGCCGGAGACCCAUUCGGAGAGUUUGGGAAUGCUCAGAACAAAUCCUCUCUGCUGGGUAAGGUUCUUCGCGUGGAUGUGGAUGAUAACAGCAGCGGACCCCCGUACCGGAUCCCCCCUGACAACCCCUUCGUGACGGACCCCAGGUCUCGCCCCGAGAUUUACGCGUACGGUGUGCGAAACAUGUGGCGCUGUUCCGUGGACCGGGGGGACCCCCUGACCCGCACCGGCCGGGGGAGACUGCUGUGCGGAGACGUGGGGCAGAAUAAAUUCGAGGAGGUCGACAUCAUCACCAAGGGAGGAAACUACGGCUGGAGAGCCAAGGAGGGCUUCUCAUGCUAUGACAAAAAGCUAUGCAGCAACUCCUCGCUCGAUGAUAUCUUACCCAUUUUCGCGUACCCCCACAAGCUGGGGAAGUCAGUGACUGGAGGCUACGUCUACAGAGGCUGUGAGAUGCCUAACUUGAACGGGCUCUACAUCUUUGGAGAUUUUAUGAGUGGACGCCUGAUGUCUCUCAAAGAAGAUCCCGCUACUGGCGAAUGGCACUACAAAGAGAUCUGCAUGGGGAAAGGCCAGACCUGCAACUUCCCCAAGACCAUCAACACCUAUUACAAGUACAUCAUCUCGUUUGCCGAGGACGAGGCAGGAGAGCUCUACUUUCUCUCCACAGGCUCCCCCAGCGCAGCUGUGUCGGCUGGGGUGAUGUAUAAAAUAAUCGACCCUUCAAGGAGAGCACCUCCGGGCAAGUGUAGAUUCACAGCAUCUCCUGUCACUGUGAAAGGAAAGCUCUAUCACUUCCACCCAAGGAAAAGAUUUCUAAAUCCACCCAAAACUACGACAGCCGUUCCAAUUACGACACCAAUCCUGACCUACGCCAAUACAACGUUUAUCAACAGAUUCGUUACGACUUCCUCUUAUCCCACCGCUACCACCACAAUACGAGGGACCGCAGCUACUGCUGUCAGACUCAGUACCACCACUGCCAGGCUCAGUGUAGUCCCAACCCCUCCGAUCUACUUCCCAGCUAAAACACCAACCACACAGCGUCCCAGAGUCAUCUACCAGCCGCCAACAAGGAGGCCAGAGAAACCCUACCAACCUGCCAUUCGCCCUCCUCCCAAACGACACGAGACUACCAGCAGAUACCAUUCGCUUGCGGAAACGGAGCGUCCGACUACGCCAAGGCCUGGUUUCCACGAAGUGACCGCCAUGCCCCCUCCGAAGACCCAAAAUCUGAACGUCACCAGCGUGCCAAAGACGAGCGACAAGAGAGUCAAGGGUCACGCGGAAGAACUCGGCGGUUCGAACGGUCAGACUCGAGUUAACAAGAAAGGCAGAGGUGCGGUGCAGACAAAAGUAAGACAGAGGAAGUUGAAGAACGGUGCGGUGCGACUGGAGAGCAACGGGGAGAAGCUGCCGGAUCGCGGAAGGGUGGAGAUUCACGUCAAGGGGGAGUGGGGGACCGUUUGCGACGAUCUGUUCGACAGCAAAGCCGGGGCCGUGGUGUGCCGGCAGUUGGGAUACCCGUUUGUCCUCCGCGUGGCCAGAAGAGCAGAAAUGGGCGAGGGGAGCAACCUAAACAUCCUUCUAGACGACGUGAAGUGCGAGGGUACGGAAAAGACGCUACUGGAGUGCAAGCGAGCCAAAAUCGGGGAGCACAACUGCUCCCACAAGGAGGAUGUGGGGGUGGUGUGUGGCUACGAUGAAUUCGAGGAGGAGUGACGGCAUUUCAGGCAGGACUGGUUGAACAACUUCUUUCUUUUUUAGAAGACUUACUUCUCUUUAGAAAUCAAUUUUCCUACUUCUCGUUCACAUUAGAAGGACUCUGGCAUAUUUGGUAUGCACUCUUUCUGUAACUUCAAGGACGCACUUGAAACGUUUUAAUGUCCUUCUCCCAAUCAGGGUUGGGGUUGAUUUUUCAAUUCUUUUUUUUCAAAAAAUCCAAUUCCAAUUAUUUCUAAGGUAUUGAAAUUUAUAUUUUAGAGACAUAAUAAUUGGUGUCAUUGUUCAGCUGCUUUCAUUUGAAGCCAAUUCAGUUCACUAACAAACAGUGACUCAAUUAAAGUAAUUUGUUGCCACCGUGAGAAGCUCAUUUUAACUGAAAACUGCGAAUUGCAAUUCUGAUCAAUAAAGUGUUGGAAUUGAUUAAAAUGGAAUUGGAAUUGAGAAGCAGGAGCUGACCCCAAACCUUCUCCCAAUAUGGAAACCAGAACAGAGGAAGUCAAACAGGUUUGUUCCGUGCACCCGUGUUCUGUCAGUAAUCUCAAAACAUUUUUCACACUUGCUUUCACACGUUCCUUUCAUUUUUUUUCGGUAAAACUGCACUGCCACCUUUUGUUUUAUUAAGUCAGAGAAGAAUACACUACCUCGAAUAGGCUACAGUAUCACAGUCAAACACCACCCUCCACUCCACAGUUGAACGAUUCUGUAACUCAGAGAGAAACGUGUCUUAUCAGAGCCAGCCCUGCAAUCCUUCCUCUCUCCAGAGUUCCUGUUGGAUAAUAGGGUUAUGCAGGGUAUAUAAACCAAUAACUGGUUAUAGAGGUAUAUUAAUACCGUCGCAAUAGUUCAGAAAUGUUACUAUUAAAGUCCCUCCUAGUUUUUUUUUUUUAACUUUUAGUUUUUUCAAGACAAAAUGUGAGCCAAGAACAAACAGCCACCCCAUAUUUUGAAGAAUCUUUAACAAGGACCAGAGAGAAUAUGAAUAAAUGAUUAUUAAAAUGAAUAAUAAUAAAAAUAUAAAGAAAAUGCUGGACAUUGUGAGAUGAUUUUGAACUAUUAUAUACACACACUUUAUGUACUUUGGGCACAAAUAAAUAAAUAAAUAAAUAAAUAAAUAAAUAAAAAAUAAUCUUGUGUGUGUUUUAUUUGUGUAUUUCCACUGUGUUUUCUCCUUUUUCUUAUUUGUCUCGGUAUUUCCACUUUAAUUAAAAUUGCAGACAGAACUGAGAAUAGAGAAGUUGUAUGCUGGAUAUAACCAAUACAACCGCUGGGGUUAAAAAAAAUAAAUAAAAAGUUACACCAUAACCCAAGGUCACCGAUGAAGGACACGCAUUUAGUAAACUUUAACCACUAUUUACUGCCCAGUCCCUGACCACAUUCCGGCGCCUCCUUAAGACUCACCUCUUCAAAGAGCACCUGUAGAACUCCUCUGUUUGUAUCCUGGGACACUAUCACCCUUCAUGUAAAUGUGCUUUAUUUUGCUCUUAUCAGCCCCUAUUUUACUGCAUUUAAUCCUGUACUUCAGAAUACUGUAAUCGGCCAAGUUUUUAACCUGUAGUACUUUGUAUUUAAUCACAUCCUGAUGUAACUAUCACUAUUUAAUCAUAUCCUGAUGUAACUAUCACUAUUACCUGCUGUAUUAUUGAAUUGUGGUUUGUCAAACUUGUACUUUACUUGAACAAAAGUUAUUGUAUUUCUUGCUCUUAUUGUAUUACUUGUAUUGUAACGCUUGAAAUGUUUUUGCUUACGAUUGUAAGUCGCCCUGGAUAAGGGCGUCUGCUAAGAAAUAAAUAAUAAUAAUAAUAAUUUAAUAAAAAGUUCGAGGAG